AGUUCUCCUUGCACCAUCGCCUGUUCUCGCAGCGUUGAUCAUCGCACUCUCAGCGUCCACACAUCUCCAUGGUAUUCAGGACACCGCGUCAGGGACAGGCACAGACCGCAGCCGGCGAAGGGCCACCAGCAUCACGGCCAGCCCAAUCCGCAUCACGGCUCAACCAAGCCAACAGUGCAACGGCCUCAAGGGAGAGCCUGGUCAAGGAACGGAAGCCAAGUACACGUCUGGCCAAGUUGCUUCUCUGGGUGUUUUUGAUUCAUGUCGGCGCUAUCUAUCUGUUCACACGCGGCUUCCUCCUGUCGCGAUCAGUCUUGGAUUCCAAGAGUGAAUGCAACAACACGAACGUAGACGAAUCCGUAUUCAGUCACCACGGAAGGGGACGAUCUCAGGAACAACCCGAGUGCUGGUAUCCUCAGCAAUACAAAAAGGCCGUUAUCAUUGUCAUCGACGCCUUGCGGUUCGAUUUCGUAGUGCCCCAUACUGACCUACCAAGUAACGAAGAGGAGCCAUACUACCUCAACAAGCUGCCAGUCAUCCACGAUCUUCUCGAGAAGCAGCCUGACAACACCCUUGUCUUUCAAUUCGUCGCAGAUCCACCUACAACGACUUUGCAACGCCUCAAAGCUCUUACCACGGGCACUCUCCCCACCAUCAUUGAUGCAGGGUCCAACUUUGCGUCCUCCGCACUCAAAGAGGACAAUUGGCUGUCGCAGUUCGAGGCAUCCAGAGGCCAGGAUCGGAUAUUGUUCAUGGGCGACGACACUUGGACAGGAUUGUUUCCCAAUGUCUUGACACUCAACAACUCACACGCGUUCCCUUCCCUGGAUACCCACGAUCUGGAUACACUAGAUAAUGGAGUCAUUAAGGCUUUGGGACCAGCACUUAAGGAUAUCUCGAAAUGGGACCUUUUGAUUGCACAUUUUCUCGGAGUCGAUCACUGCGGCCACACCUUUGGACCUAACGAUCCUCAUAUGGAGAGCAAGCUGGCACAAAUGAACGAGCAGCUGGAGCAGGUUAUCAAGAGCGUUUCGGACGACACCUUGGUCGUGAUCAUGGGCGACCACGGCAUGAACGGACACGGUGACCACGGCGGAGAUAGCGACGACGAGAUUGAGGCAGGACUGGUGAUCUAUUCCAAGAGGAAGCUGCUAAACCGCAACCUGCUGGACCGACUUUCUUUGGGCGACAUGUUGCAGUACACUAAACCCACCGGAGGAAAUGUCUAUAGGACAGUGACUCAAAUCGACCUAGUUCCCACGUUGUCGCUUUUGUUGGGCCUCCCCAUCCCCUUCAACAAUUUGGGAUCCGUGAUUCCGGAACUAUUCCUGUCCGCCAAAAACCCGGAUCAGGCUAUCAGGGACCUUUUGAGGGCUAUGCGGUUAAAUGCGGCCCAGGUGUCGACGUAUUUCCAGUCUUAUAUGGAUCUUCAUCCGACCUCCGAUAUUGCGUUGGCGAUGCAAAUGGAGUUUGGUGAACUCUUUGAGCACGCAGAGCGGUUCAUGCAGGAGAUUGGACAGGGUCGUCGUCUACAGAACACGGAGAACCUUGUCAAGGCGCUAAGGUUUUAUUCCGACUACCUUCGUACGUCACUGAGCUCCUGCAAGAGAAUCUGGGCGCACUUUGAUGUGCCUCUCAUGGCAGCUGGUGGAGGAGUUUUGCUGGCGAGUUGUCUAUGCUUGUUAUUGCACAUUACCCUCUUUCGGUCGGUGGGUAUGCCUCCCAACCUGGAGCGGUUCUUGGCUGCUGGGACGCUCUUGGGAAUCACAUCGGCGCGGUACUUGAGGCCACUGUUUUUCAAGUUUCAGUUCAUCCAGGACUCGUCUGUGGGGCUCGUUGACAUUAUGGUUUUUUGUAUGUCGGUGUUUUCGAUCGUGGGAUUUAUGCUAAGCAUGGCCAUGCAUAGCAGGCCGUUCGCGAAACAGGAGAGCUUGAAUCCGCUACGAGUGCUUCGCCUUCCUCCGCUUUCCGGUUUCUUGGCUUGCCUUUUUAUCUUUGUCAACUGCCUGAUCUUUGCGUCAAACUCGUACAUUGUUCACGAGAGCACGUUCGUGAUCGGAUUCCUGCAAACCUUUGGUUUGAUUGGACUCCUGUUCUCGCUGCGCGUCCCUGACAAGGUGGCUAGGACCAAGGCUGUAGUUUUGACUCUCUCCUUCAUGGUAAUGACAAGAGCACUGUCUGCAUCGACAGUAUGCCGCGAGGAACAAGGGAAUCUCUGCUCCCCUACAUACUAUGCUUCUGCGCAACAGUCUGUUCCUUCGCAGUGGUCGCUGGUCAUGCUGGUUGCAAGCGGAGUCAUCACACCCUACCUGAUCCGGCGUUUGUUCAACGGCACAAAGUCCAUGAACGGGAUCGCACUGAUAUGGAUUGACUAUGGCCUUCGUAUCGGGAUCAUUCUGGGGACACUGUAUGCCGUUUUGGACUUUGAGGGAUCGAAGGCGGAUGGUGUCAGGAACGCGAAUGUGGGCAACACGUUUGAGCCAUUGAUGGCUGGAAUGAAUCAGGGAGGACAGUACAUGUGGGCGAAAACGACACUGGUGCGUAUCGCAUUCGGGUUUGCGCUGGCUGUGGGCCCUGCUGCCUGGUGGACGAGCCCUCUCUGCAUGGACAUACAGACCGUGGAUGUAUCCCUGGAGAACAGCAGUACCAACAGUGGCACCAAUAACACAUCAGCUCGACGAAACAAUCAUUCGACUGCCUCUACGGCCGCUCAACAAACACAGCGUAAGGUUUAUAUCCUCGGCUACGCCAACGCAUUCGGGGCCAGCUACUAUGUGGCGCUGACGAUGGUGUUUCUGGUUGUGAUCCUGACGCAGAAACCUCUAGGGACGAUUGUGCUCUCGAUCGGCUUGGCUCAGAUCUCUUGUCUGGUGGAGUUGGUCGAUAUCUGGAGGGAUGCGGAUUUCGCAGUGUGGCAGCAGGAAAUUGUAGAGCGGAUCCAGGCCGAGACCGCAGCCCUGACAACUCAAUUCGAGGAAGAAGACGAAGGCACGAAGGGUAUCUCUGAGGCAGCGGCAUCUGCAUCGGCGGAGAAUAUUGCAGCGGUUGCUCUAUCUAAACAUCGCCAGGCACCCACACUGAACCUGCUCCUGCCCACGGUUGUGUUGUCGUUGAUGGGCAACUUGUUCUUCUUUGCGACCGGUCAUCAAGCAACACUGUCCUCGAUCCAAUGGUCCUCCGCAUUCAUCGGUGUUCCAACACUCAACUAUUUCUUCUCGCCGCUGCUGGUGAUUCUCAACACACUGGGACCGUUCAUCCUCUGCGCGGCAGCGUUGCCUUUGGUUGUGCUGUGGAAAUUCCUACCAAAGGCGGAUAAACUGGGCAAGCUGGUGCUCUUCCCGGACCUGACACGGUUAUGUUUGAUGAUGAUGAUGCACCAGUCUCUGGUGUUGGUGGCCAACAUGUGUUUCACUGGAGGCAUGUUCAGAAGGCAUUUGAUGGUGUGGAAGGUGUUUGCGCCGAGGUUCAUGCUCCAGGCGAGUGCACUGUUGAGCAUGGAUCUGGUCCUGGUGACGGUCGCGGUGCUUGCGAUCCUGGCGCGGGUCGUGAAGGAGGUCGGGCAGGUUCUCUCAAUACGUAUUGUUUAGACUCUCUUUGUAUUCUAAUAUUCUUU